AUGCGUCUAAGCACGCAACUCAUCCUUCUUGCGGCUCUGGCCGAGAUAACACUUGGAGUUAAACAUCAUGAUUUUAAAUCGUGCUCGCAGUCUGGGUUCUGUCGUCGCGGUCGUGCGAUUGCUAAACGCGCUGAUGACGUUGGUGCAAAAUGGGCAUCCCCUUAUACUAUUGAUACCACCAAUCUAAGGAUAUCCCCUGACCGAAGUAAAAUCACUAUGCCUGUCAAGUCUUCGAUUCACCCCGAAGUCAAGUUUCAGCUCAGCGUUAUCGUCCACGAAGAUGGUACGGCGCGUGUCCGAAUGGAUGAGGUCGACGGACUAAGGAAGCGUUAUGACGGUGCCGCCGACUGGGCGCUAGCCAGCAUUCCCGAUGCACGUGGUGUUGACUGGAAACCUGUCGAUGGUGGUGUCGAGGGGCGAUGGGACGGGGUCCUGCUACGUGUCACGUAUGAGCCCCUGCUUAUCGAGCUUGUUCGCGAUGGGCGCGUCGAAAUGUCAGUCAAUGGACGCGGGCUUCUUCACAUGGAGCACUUCAGGAAUAAGCCCGAGCCCAAGACUGAGGAAACCAAUGCCCAAGGCGCCGAGGGUGAACAAAAGGUUAUUAAGGAACCCGAGCCUGAGAUUAACGCCUGGUUUGAGGGCGAGACGGAGGAUGCAUAUUGGGAGGAGACAUUCAAUUCAUGGACGGAUUCAAAGCCUAAAGGGCCGGAGUCCUUCUCUCUCGAUAUUACAUUUCCUACCCACGCCCAUGUUUACGGUAUACCCCAGCAUGCCGCUCCGCUAUCUCUGCCCACCACUACUGGAGAGGGAUCCUUCUUCGACGACCCAUACCGCCUGUAUAACUUGGAUGUAUUUGAGUAUGAGGCGUCUUCUACCAUGCCACUCUACGGUUCCAUCCCUCUUCUUCAUGCGCACAACGAGCAUAGUACCGUGGGCGUUUUCCUUGCUGUUGGCUCUGAAACAUGGAUCGAUGUUUCUCGUACACCCGACGCAGCUGGUACCCGUACACAUUGGAUCGCUGAGUCUGGUAUCAUCGAUCUUUUCAUUCUUCCAGGCCCUGGCACACAAGAAAUCUUCUCGCAAUACGCUCGUUUGACCGGUAAUCCUGUACUACCCGCUCUCUGGUCGCUUGGUUACCACCAAUGUCGAUGGAACUAUAUUUCUUCGGACGAUGUACGUGGUGUCCAGAAGAGGUUCGACGAGGAAAACAUGCCUGUUGAUGUGUUCUGGUUGGAUAUCGAGUACGCAAAGGAUCACAUGUACUUCAUGUGGGAUGAAAAGACAUUCCCUGACCCGAUGGUUGUCAUUAUCGAUCCUCACCUGAAGCGCACUUCCGACUACCCGGUGUACACUGCUGCGAAAGAACUCGACGUACUUGUCAAGCGUCCGGGUGGAAAGGACGAAUUUGAGGGAUGGUGUUGGUCUGGUUCAAGCGCUUGGGUCGACUUUUUCCAUCCUAGCAGCUGGGAUUGGUGGAAGAGGCUCUACAAAUUCGAUAAGCCUGCGGUCCAAGGCGAGGAGAAGGCUCUUGAUUGGGCUUGGAGGGCUAGUUCUGAGGGCAUUCAUAUCUGGAAUGAUAUGAACGAGCCAUCUGUUUUCAAUGGUCCAGAGAUUACCAUGCAAAAGGAUAACGUGCAUUAUGGUGGAUGGGAACACCGUGACGUUCAUAAUAUCAAUGGAAUGCUUUACCACAACAUUACUGCUCAAGCCGUUAAGGAAAGAUCGACUCCUGCUAAGCGACCUUUCGUGCUCACUCGUUCAUUCUUUGCUGGAUCCCAGCGUCAUGGAGCAAUGUGGACUGGCGACAAUAUGGGUACCUGGGAGCACAUGGCUGUUGGUGUCAAGAUGCCCUUUUCCGUCUCUGAUGUCGGCGGGUUCUUUGGCAACCCUGCUCCUGAGAUGUUGGUGCGAUGGUAUCAAGUUGGCGCAUUUGGUCCUUUCUUCCGCGCCCAUGCACACAUCGACACGAAACGUCGCGAACCUUAUCUUUUGGAAGAGCCGUACAAGAGCAUGGUUCGCGACAUCCUGCGCCUGCGUUAUUCGCUGCUACCUGUUUGGUACACAGCAUUCAGAGAGACCAGUGUGACUGGUAUGCCGGUCUUGAGACCCCACUACGUUGUUUUCCCUAAGGACAAGCAAGGAUUCGCUAUCGAUGAUCAAUAUUACAUCGGAAACUCGGGGCUUUUAGUCAAACCUGUCACUGAGCCUGGGGUUGAGAAGACAAAUGUAUACCUUGCUGGAGCUCAGCCCUAUUAUGACUAUCAAACUUACGAGGUCUAUCAGGGCUCUGAGCCUGGUAGAAACGUGACGGUGCCUGCUCCUCUCGAAAAGAUUCCCGUCUUUGUACAAGGUGGACAUGUCGUACCCACACGCCAACGCCCGCGCCGUUCGUCCCCACUCAUGAAAAACGAUCCAUUCACGCUCCUUAUGGCACUCGAUAGCCAAGGGUCGGCAGGAGGUGAUUUGUAUCUGGAUGACGGAGAAAGUUAUGCUCACGAGGACGGGUACUUGGUUUGGCGCCAAUUCUUUGCCCAAACGGCUGACGAAGGAUUGGUGAUUGCUGGAGACGACCUCGUAAGCGAUAACCUCGACCGAACUGUCGAUCAAACGGCACUGGAGCAAUACAGCCCAGAGAACGCCUUUGCAAAGAGCAUUGCUCAGGUUCGCAUUGAGAAAAUCAUUAUCCUUGGGAGCAAGAAGCCCAAGACCGUACUUAACGAUGGCCUUCCGCUCGAAUUUACCUACGAGGACGGUGUCACCUUUGACCAAAACAAGGAUGGUCGUGCGAGCGUGUUGACCAUCAAGAACCCGGGCGCAUUUGUUGUCAACACCUGGGGUAUAUAUGCUCAGUACUAA